ACCAGCGCAUCCCGGCAUACACGCUCGUGAGAGGGAGAGGGGCGUCUGUACACGAUCACCAGACCGCAUCCAACUGAAGGUUGGUGGAGCUGCCGGUGGACUGAAGAUUUUUUUGUGCGCGCAUGUGCUGACGGUGCGGACGGAAGAAUGGAUAUCCAGCUGUGCUCGAGUGCGCUGAGUUAUCCUUCGGCGUGACUCCAUGUUUUGUGACAGUUUUGUCUCCACAGCAUCUCACUACUUCAGUGCCAGACCCGCUUCUCAACUGAUCCGAUUUGCAGGUCCUCACAAAUAGUGGAUUCAUACAAGACUGUUAUUUUGCCGCCUGUGGUUUUAAAACCGCAAGAGACAGAGGACGCUGACAACCGCCCUUGUUUUUGGAUUUUUUUUUUUUUUUAAAGCUCGCUGGGAGACACCUUUACCACAUUGACCCGGAAGACUGAAAGAAGUUUCGGUCAGAGGUCAGGUUUGAUUUUCCUGUGAGUCUUUAUCGAACCAAAGCCAUGGUACACUGCGCCGGAUGCGAAAGGCCUAUCCUGGACCGGUUCCUUCUGAACGUGCUGGACCGAGCCUGGCACGUCAAGUGUGUCCAGUGCUGCGAAUGCAAAUGUAAUUUGACAGAGAAAUGCUUUUCUCGCGAGGGAAGACUGUACUGCAAAAACGAUUUCUUUAGGCGGUUCGGGACGAAGUGUGGCGGUUGUUCGCAAGGCAUCUCACCCAACGACCUGGUCCGGCGAGCCCGGAGUAAAGUGUUUCACCUCAACUGUUUCACCUGUAUGAUGUGUAACAAACAACUUUCCACCGGAGAGGAGCUUUACAUCAUCGACGAGAACAAGUUUGUUUGCAAGGAAGACUAUUUAAGCAACGCCAGCGUCAAAGACACCAACUUACUCUCUGUCACGGCGUGCAGCGACCCCAGUCUGUCCCCGGAUUCUCAGGACCCCCUCCAGGACGACGUGGUUUUGAAGGACACGGAGAUGGCCGCACUGUCCGACAAGGAGACGGUCAACAAUGAGAACGACGAUCAGAAUUUAGGCGGAAAGCGACGGGGACCGAGGACCACCAUCAAAGCCAAACAGCUCGAGACCCUGAAAGCAGCCUUCGCCGCCACGCCGAAACCCACCAGACACAUCCGGGAGCAGCUUGCUCAAGAGACCGGACUGAACAUGAGAGUCAUCCAGGUUUGGUUCCAGAACCGUCGAUCGAAGGAGAGACGCAUGAAGCAACUGAGCGCACUUGGUGCCCGGAGACACGCGUUCUUCCGCAGCCCGAGACGGAUGAGAACAUUGGUGGACCGGCUGGAGCCCGGAGAGCUUAUUCCAAAUGGCCCCUUCUCCUAUUAUGGAGAUUAUCAAAGCGAGUACUAUGGGCCGGGAGGAAACUAUGACUUCUUCCCUCAGGGGCCGCCAUCAUCGCAGGCUCAAACUCCCGUUGAUCUCCCUUUCGUGCCCUCAUCAGGCCCAACUGGCACACCCCUCGGCGGUUUGGACCACCCUCUGCCAGGUCACCACCCCUCCAGUGAGGUGCAGCGCUUCUCUGACAUCAUGUCCCACCACCCCGGGGACUCGCCCAGCCCCGAGCCCGGCAUUCCCGGACCCUUGCACAGCAUCUCUUCAGAAGUAUUUGGCCCGAGUCCACCCUUUACCUCACUGUCUCUGAAUGGCAGCGGAUACAACAACCACCUGUCCCACCCACCCUCGGAAAUGAGUGAAGGCACUGUCUGGUAGCUUUUGGGAUGAAGGAACUCCUCACGUGAGAAAUGGAUGGACUGGGAAUGCUGACAUGGAUAACGACAGGGUUAGGUCUACCGUUUUUUAAGUUAUUCUGUUCGUAGUGUUCAUUUGGCAGAGAGUUUCAGGCAUUAAAAUGCUCUUCUGUGUUGUGUUUUGGUGUUUGCGAUGUUCAUUUUGCUCCAAACCCUGAAUCUAAUGCCUGACCCUGAACCAGCCACUUCCUCAUACUUUCACUGGACUUGGGGGUCAUUCUGUCCCCAUACUAUUCCUCUUGGUGGCUCGGCCCAGCAGCUAAUCCCUCCUGACAAGUGAAAGAAACAACCCAAAUAUCCCAUGGUAUGCCCCAAACCGAAAGUGCAUACCGUCAAAGACAUUGAUAGCUUUACAGAGAGAGAGAUUAAGGAAGAAGGUCAGUGGGUUGUUUGUACUGACCCAUCACCGCAAAACGCCCUGGCACAGUGGGAUGACCAGAAACUGCGGGACUAAAAAAGGCGGCCUUUUGACUGUGUGCUGCGCUCCGGACAUGUGUGUAUUUAUUCAGACCUCUCAGCCACUCCAGGCGCUGCCAUAUUGACUCUUUUUUGGACAUUUGAUUUGUGAAGGCAGGAGGAAUCAAUCCAUCCUCCCAUUUGGACUAUAUUUAUUUCUUAUAUUUGGGUCUUUUUUAGUUUAUCACUUUCCACCAGGUCUAAAGAAGACCGCCUUCAAAAGGCAAAAUGGAUUGCAAACCCUUUAUUUAAAGUGGAACUUGAACUUGUUGCAAUGAAGUCUACCUUCUAAAAUGCUCUAUAUUGGGGUUCUAAAUGGGACUUAGAACAGUCAACUGUUUACGUAUUCUAUUUAAUUCAGGAGGCCAGAAGACCAUCUUUUAGAACCCCUCAAUCCACAUAAAAACGUUCCAAGCAACCAACCAAACUUUUGUAUUGAUUUCAUUUUUAUUGUAUGAAGAUAAAAAAUGACAAACAUUUCCUGGGGUUGUGGUUCACUGUGCUAGUUUGUACACACUGUUGUUUACAUAAAAAGCAUAAAAUGAACAAAAACAGAGUAGUUGCCAAAUAAAAAUAUCUAUAUAGCACAAAUACUGUAAAAGUGCUUUGCACCGUCAUCUUCAGAACAUGUUCAGACUAAAAUGUAAGUGUUUUUUUUCUCAAUUUUUUUUUAGUCUGAUGAGGUUCAUAAUAUUGUUAAUAUUACUGAGACAGGUUUUAUUUUUGUGUCUUCAAAGAAGGAAAGAUAUCCAAAUUAUUAAAAAUUGAUGGUCAAAUAUGCAGUGAGUAGUUGCUCUCAAGCCAAAAUGGUCUGUCUUAAAUUGUUCCAAUAAACCGAAGCUUAUGUGACCCCAAGUGCAUACCAGAACAUUCACUGCACACAGCAGCCACAAAUGAUCUGCUUAGAAGACCAGAAGGUAUGAAGAGAUUUUGCGGAUCAGCAAUCUGACGGCGGUGCCACAAAUCAAGUGUUCAAUCAUUACUGACCAUUAGAGGUUUUAUCUGCUUCUGGUUUCUUGAUGUGUGCAGUUCACAAAUUCCACUGUUCAUAAUGAUCCUGUUUAACGUACGAAACAAACUAAACGAAGAUACAUGUAGGUAUAGUUGAACAGCAGAAUGCAAGUCAGCCAAAGGCCUAUUCAACGAAUGCAGUCAUGGAGUAAAAACUGCUGUACUGUUGUUUUGAUUUAUUUAUCCUCCCUCCCCCUGAGUAUCAUUCCACAAAAUGUUUUUCUUUUUUUUUCGCCAUGUUGAAAUUAGGAAAGUGAUCUGUCACUUUAUAUGCCACCGUACCAAGUGAAAAUCCCCAUCACAUUAAAAUAUAUAAUCUAGAGAUAAGUCAUCAUUAUGUCAUGAAAAUGUCUGAAUGAAUUUCUGAUUCGAUCUUAAAGAAAGGAAAAACGUCUUUUGCGAAUAAAUUGCAUCCCUGCUUUUAUUUUAAUGCAUUUAAUUUGGGACAUUUGCCUCUGAAAGACAAAGCUAAUCUCUGUUCUUGACCCAGUGUGUCUGAUGGCAACCUUUGGUGAGUGGAUGCGCUUGAUCUUCUCUGGAGAAAGUGACCUAUUUAAAAGAAAACAUGAAACGACUAGGGUUGGUGCAGACCAGGAAACUAACCUAGCUUAAAUUAAUGAUUUUUUUUCCAGAGUAGGAAUGUAUUGGGGAAGAUAUUUCAGAUUUUUUAUUUAAACCAGGGCCACGUAAUACAGAAGACAGAAGUUCAUCCCUGCAUGGUCAAGCUUCCUGAAGAAUGACAGGAAGCGGGAGCGAGUUCCCAACUUCUUAUCCGCAUUUGCACUGACUCCUCACAUGCUUUGCUCCCUCACACAGGUCUUCGACUCAUCACAAGCCCCGCGCGUUUCUACUGUGAAGGACGAUGAUAAAAUUGCCAUGACGGUUGCUGUCCUGCUCCUUAUUUUGGUUCCUCCAUAUUUCUCAAAACUUCAGCCAAACAGCU